CUUGAGCAUUUGGAGAUUUCAUUCACAUCAGAUUAUUUUAGUCAGCAUUUUAUGUUGAAACUGAAUUCCAGUGAUCUUGAGCUAAACAACAUGGAGCACAAGUUCAUUGCCACAGCUUUUAACGAGUUUCAUGAAGUUCGUUUACAGGGCGAACUCACGGACGUCGUCAUCAAAGUCAAUGGCAAAGAGUUCAAAGCUCACAAGAUCAUUCUUUGCGCCUGCAGCCCUUAUUUUAGGAUGCUCUUCUCCACCUCAUCCACCAACGCGGAGGAUAAUUCCUACGACAUUACGGGAAUCUCCUCGGACACCAUGUCUCUGAUUAUUCAGCAUGCAUAUGCCAGACCUGUUCUCAUCACUACAGAGAACGUGUCGGAGCUCUUGCUGGCAGCAGAUCAGUUUUCAGUCUCAGGACUCGUAGAUUCUUGCUGCAAGUUCCUGGAGACAAACUUAAGCCUGAAGAACUGCAUCAGUAUCUGCAUAUUUACAGAGCAUUUCCACUCCUGCUCAAAUCUCCACCAUAAAGCAAAGAUCUUCACCCUGCAGCACUUUGAGGAGGUGCAGCAAGUGUCUGAGGAGUUCCUGGAGCUCUCGCUGGAACAUCUGGAUGACAUGAUCACUUGGGAUGAGCUGAAUGUCAGGAAGGAGGAGGUGGUUUUUGAGGCCAUCCUCCGCUGGAUUAAUCACGCUCCUGAAAACAGAAGAGAACACAUCGCUGUGCUUCUGCCAAAGGUUCGAAUGGGGUUAAUGUGUCCAGACUUCUUCAUGAAUAAUGUAAGGAACAACACACUGGUGUCUGAGAAUGAGGCAUGUUCGGCCCUUCUCGUCAGUGCAAUGAAGGCCAUUUUUAACCUGCACACUGAGGAACCCACCAGCUCAGGCUUCAUAAACCAACUAACACGCCCACGUCUGCCCUCUGACAUCCUAUUGGCCAUCGGAGGAUGGAGCAUAGGCAGUCCCACCAAUGGGAUUGAGGCGUACGACGUGAGGGCAGACUGUUGGGUCAAUGUCGCUCAAGAGGAAGAGCGUCCCAGAGCCUAUCAUGGGUCAGUGUUCCUCCAUGGGUUUGUGUACUCCAUUGGCGGCUUUGAUGGUGAAAAUUAUUUCAGCAGUGUGAGGAAAUUGAAUCCUAUCACUCACACCUGGCAAGAGGUGGCCCCCAUGUACGAACAGCGAUGUUAUGUCAGUGUUGCUGUUCUUGAAGGAUUCAUUUACGCCAUUGGAGGUUUUAAUGGACACGAACGGCAAAAAACAGCUGAACGCUACGACCCAAACACCAACCAGUGGACAAUGUUGGCGGCCAUGAGUGUACAGAGGAGUGACGCCAGCGCCACCUCACUGCAGGGCAGGGUUUAUAUCUGUGGAGGUUUUACUGGGGUCGAGUGUCUCUUCACGGCUGAGUGCUUUAACCCCGAAACAAACCAGUGGACGCUCAUCGCUCCCAUGAGCAGCCGUCGCAGCGGUGUCGGUGUUAUCGCGUAUGGGAAUCUGGUGUAUGCUGUUGGUGGUUUUGAUGGUGCCAGUCGUUUGCGAAGUGCCGAGGCCUACAACCCUCUCACUGACCUCUGGCGUGAUAUUGAAUCUAUGGUCAACCCACGCAGCAACUUCGGCAUUGAGGUGUUGGACGACCAGCUGUUUGUUGUCGGGGGGUUUAAUGGCGUCAGAACCUGCUCUAAUGUGGAGUAUUAUGACCAUAGGACGAAUGAAUGGGAUGAGUCAUGUGACAUGAGUAUUUCCCGCAGUGCUGUGAGCUGCUGUAUAUUAUCGGGGUUACAUGAUGUCACACCGUAUGUGAUCGAUCGAGACUCUCUCCAGACAUCAGAAGACGAGUCUGACAGUGAUUGAUCGACCUUCCCUUCCUGAAGAAACAUCAUGACACGCCACAUGAUGUUAUUAAAUGCAGUAAAAAAAAAAAAACAUUGGUGUUGGAUUGUGCACUUUAAAGUCGGCAUGAGAUGGAAGUUGCACUAGUCUUUUCUUCACUAUUGUGCCGUAUAUCCAAGUAAAACGGCUUCUUGAACAAGAACAAAUGUAGGGCGGGGCUUGAUUUGCUAUUGGCCGAUCUCAUGCGAGUGACAGGUUGCCUCGCCCUCCCACCAGUAAACACAUCAUCAAAGAAAUUAUGCCACUGCUAGAGGGAGGGGAAGUUAUUUUGGUUAAAGAUUAUGAGGGACAUGAACUAAAAUAAAUACAA